ACACCCCCAAUGAAGGAGGAGGACCGAACCAUACACAGAGACAGAAAUAGAGAAAGAGAGAGAUGGCGGUUCUUGACGUAAACGGAAGCUCGGAGUCUCCGGUCAAGAUUCCAGAGAUAAAGUUCACGAAGCUUUUCAUCGGUGGAAGUUUUGUGGAUUCAGCUUCAGGAAAAACAUUUGAAACCGUGGACCCAAGAACAGGGGAAGCCAUAGCAAGGGUUGCGGAAGGAGAUAAGGAAGAUGUUGAUUUAGCUGUCAAGGCAGCGCGCGAUGCAUUUGACCAUGGCCCCUGGCCCCGCCUCUCCGGUCGUGCAAGGGGGAGGAUAAUGUUGAAAUUUGCAGACUUGAUCGAUGAACACGUGGAGGAGCUGGCUCUGUUGGACACCAUUGACGCCGGGAAAUUGUUUAGCUGGGGAAAGGCCGUAGACAUUCCUGGCGUGGCGGAGCUUCUUCGGUACUAUGCCGGAGCAGCCGACAAAAUUCAUGGCGACACCUUGAAGAUGUCGAGAGAAUUUCAGGCGUAUACUUUACGCGAGCCAAUUGGCGUUGUCGGACUCAUCAUCCCCUGGAACUUCCCUUCCCUGAUGUUCUUCAUAAAGGUAGCCCCGGCAUUAGCUGCCGGCUGUACCAUGGUCGUCAAGCCUGCCCAGCAGACUCCCCUUUCAUCUCUCUACUAUGCUCAUUUGGCUAAGCUGGCUGGCGUUCCAGAUGGAGUGAUUAAUGUUGUGACAGGAAAUGGCCCAACGGCCGGUGCUGCGAUUUGCUCUCAUAUGGACGUUGAUAAGGUUAGUUUUACUGGUUCAACAGAAGUGGGGCGACUUAUAAUGCAAGCUGCAGCAAUGAGCAAUUUGAAAUCUGUGUCACUUGAACUAGGAGGCAAAUCCCCUCUCGUAAUUUUUGACGAUGCCGAUGUUGACAAAGCCACGGAUCUCGCUCUUCUUGGAAUAUUGUUUAACAAGGGGGAAAUUUGUGUGGCAGGAUCGCGUGUUCUUGUUCAAGAAGGAAUUUACGAUGAAGUCGCAAAGAAAUUGGCAGAGAAGGCCAAAAGAUGGGUAGUCGGAGAUCCUUUCAAUCCUGCAGUUAAUCAAGGACCACAGGUUGACAAGAAACAAUUUGAAAGAAUACUGUCCUACAUCGAACACGGCAAGAGGGAAGGAGCCACCUUGCUAACGGGUGGUAAGCCCUGCGGCCAUAAAGGAUAUUACAUCGAGCCCACAAUUUUCAAAGAUGUCACUGACAACAUGCGAAUUGCACAGGAGGAAAUCUUUGGCCCUGUUAUGUCACUCAUGAAGUUCAAGACGAUUGAGGAGGCGAUUCAGAGAGCUAACGCGACGAGAUACGGCCUGGCAGCUGGCAUAGUGACAAAGGACAUAGACGUGGCCAACAGAGUGUCGAGAUCAAUCAGGGCCGGCAUCAUUUGGAUCAAUUGCUAUUUUGCAUUUGACAAUGAUUGCCCCUACGGCGGGUACAAGAUGAGCGGGUUCGGGCGCGAACAGGGACUGCACGCCCUUGACAACUAUCUUCAAACCAAGUCCGUGGUGACCCCCAUAUAUAACUCUCCUUGGCUGUGAAUCUGCACCCUUCAUUUCAACAAGGAAGAUCAAAAUGAAACCGAUGUUUCCCGUCUGCUUGCUGUUGUUGGUCCAUGGAACUCUGCGUUGUAUCGUAUCCUUAUUCUUGAACACAAUGUUUAUUUGUGGGGAAGGCAUAGAGAAAGAGAGAAAAUAAGUGCUUAUUUUUGCAUAUAGAAAAUGUAUGUAUGUGCAAUAUCAGUUAAUUUAUUAUUAUUAUUAUUUC